AUGGAGGUAUCGAGUACCUUCCGACUGCCUGUACGGCUAACAGAAUCCAAGAGCAUACACCUCUUGACGGAAAACAUGCCCAACGGCAAGAAAGUCCAAAUAUUGCUAGAAGAACUUCGACUUGCAAGUAGGCUUUGCUGGGAGAUGCAUCUGAUCAACCUGGAGACGGAUGAGCAGAAGAAGACAUGGUUUCUUAGGCUGGACCCGAACGGUAGUCUGCUCCUGGUCUAUAUUGCAGUUUCUGUCAUGGACAGUUCAGCCAUUCUGUUGUAUAUACAAGAACACUACGACAGUGAUGACCAUUUUGGCUUCAACUCAGCAGAAGAGAAAAGCCAGGUCUUACAGUGGUUAUUCUUCUGGCAUGCAGCUGUCCCAAUUCAAGGACAGACUCGGCAUUUCAAUGGAAAGCCCGCAGAACCUUCGCCAUGGAAGGGAAUCGGCAAAUACAGCAUAGCUGAUAUAGGCACUUGGCCGCAUGUCAGAGCAUACAAAAGUCUAGGGUCCACCGAGGAGGAUAUGAGACUUUUCCCUAAUUUACUAGGAUGGAUUUCCAGGAUAGCUGCUAGGCCCGCUGUGCAGGCAGGGACCUGUGAGAAAUACGAUAGCGAGGACAACCAUAGUAUUGUUGUUCGUACUAACUGA